AGUUCGAAACCCUCACCUUUCCUCUAUAUAUUAUUCCUCAACUCCACUGCAUAGACCAAAUCGACAAAGAAUUUAUAUUGAUAAAGAUGAAACCAUGCCUUUCUGCGUUCCUAUUAUUGUUCCUUCUCCUUCUCCACCAAUCCCAUUUCGCAAAGGCUGGUAUUGGGUCUUCUCUUGCGUCUCUAUUCAAGUCUUUGAAUAAGGAAAAAGUUAUCAAUUGGGUCAAUGGAAAAAAACCACCAAAGCCAGAAUGGGAUAAAGAAUACUUGAAGUAUUUGAAACCAGAUCCCACACUACCAAACCUCCCACUGAAUAAGGAAAGAAAAGGCUUCGCUCCACUCAAACAAUACCUUUCUAACUUUGGCUACCUUCCAUCCUCCGACUCAUUCAACAACACUGUCGACCAACAAACAUUAUCAGCGAUCAAGACCUUCCAGGAAUCUUUCAAUCUCCCAGUCACCUCCGACAUAGACAAUGACACCCUUAAACUCAUCUCGCUACCACGAUGCGCUGUCCCCGACAUGGAUUUCAACUACAGCUUCACCCAAAACGUGUCGUGGCCCAAAGCCGGUCACCGGUGGUUCCGAAAGACAAACCUCACGUACGGUUUUCUUCCGGAGAGUGACGUCCAACCCAGCUUCACCAAAGUGUUCAGAAAUGCAUUCACGCGGUGGGCGAAUGCCACAGGGUUUUUGAACCUGACGGAGACAACCUACGACGACGCUGACAUUAAGGUUGGGUUCUACAAUUUCUCUGAUGUCCUUAUCGGCGACUUGUUUGGCUUCAGCUUUAUAACGGAGAACCCUCCGUCUAACGUGAAGACAGCUGAGAUAAAUCUGAACGGCAACAUGUAUUGGGCGCUGCCCAGUGAAAAAGGCGACUUGUCGGCGGAGGAUGGAGUUCUGGACUUGGAGAGUGCGGCGAUGCAUCAGAUAGGGCAUUUGCUUGGAUUUGACCAUUCUUUCAUGAAUGACUCUGUUAUGUACCCUUACAUUUUGCCAUCGCAGGAACGAAAGGUAGAACUCUCAAAUUCUGACAAGAACAACAUUAAGAAACAGUAUGCUAAUGUUGACUCUGACGACAGUGGGUGUUUGGGAGUGCCUUCAAUCACCACUUUGUUGUCUCUCGGAUUUGCUUACAUUCUUCUUAUGUAUUAAGUCUCCUCUUACGUCUUGCACGCAACUUUGAUUUUGUUCUUGAUUUAUAUUAUAUAGUUUUCUUUCCAUGAAGAUUAAUCGAGGAAUAUGUUCCCCCACAAUGUCUUUAAUCUGAGUGUUGUAAUUGUUUCUUGUUGGCCUCUGAUCUGAAUAUGGAAAUAAA